GCGACGAUUUCGAGUCUACGCGAAGUGUUACAGUGUCAUUCCCAACGUAAAUAUGACCAUCGGUAAAUUAGAAGUGUUUAAUGUUGAGUCGGACAGUUGGUCGACUUACGUGGAGCGGUUGGAACAGUAUUUCAUUGUCAACGAAACAAAGGAAGAACACAAAGUGCCUACGUUGAUAACAGUUAUGGGAAAUCAAGCCUACGAACUAUUAGUAACCCUGUGUACACCCGAUAAACCGGCAAGUAAAAAGUUCGCAGAUUUAGUGAAAGUGAUGAGCGGCCAUUUGCAACCAAAACCGAGUUUGUUAGCAGAGCGAUACCGGUUUCGUAACAGGAAACAAAGGACGGGCGAAUCGGUGGCGGAUUUUGUUGCAGAGCUCAAAAAGUUAGCAAAGCAUUGCGUCUUUGGGAAUGGGCUGACAGAAAGUUUGAGAGAUCAGCUAGUGUGUGGGCUUGGUGAUGAAACAAUACGGCAACGGUUGUUCACCGUAGAUGAUAUUUCGUUUGACCGGGCAUUACAAAUGGCGGUAGCGAUGGAGGCAGCGCAGGCAAACGCAGCAGCAGUAGUGGCGGAUGGUCGGGCAAAAGGCUUGGAAGGCAGCCCGAGUACGUCGAGUGGUUGUCAUGCGGUAUCGGCACAAUCAUGGCGCGGCAAGAGAGCGAUGACGUCAUACCGGGCGACAAACAACAACGAGAAGCGGCCGCCUGGCAACAGCGCGUCACAACUUUUGGGGCCCAGGCGCCCGGGCCAGGCACCUCGAGAUUGGCGCCGUACCGAACAAACAGCACUACGCACUUCAUCGGGGGCGGAAUGUAGUGUUUGUGGUAGGCCGCAUGACUCAUCGAGUUGUAAAUUCGCAAACUAUGUUUGUCGCGUGUGCAAUCAGUCGGGGCACUUGAAAAAGAUGUGUCCUAGGUUACAGAUAGGCGUUAGUACGCACAAGAAUGACGUACGAGACGAAGCAGACAGCGAUUACAGCGAUGAGGUACAGUUCAAUGUUUUCAAUGUAAACGAUAUUUUCCAGUGUAAGCCGUUCAUGUUGCCAAUAAAAUUAGAGGGAAAUUUAGUCGAAAUGGAAGUUGAUACAGGGAGUGCCAUUUCUUGUAUAAAUGGGGACUUGUAUUUAAAAUUGUUUUCCCAUUUACCUUUGCACAGAAGUAAUAUUGUUAUGUGUUAUUAUACGAAUGAGAAAAAGCAACCCUUAGGAAAAAUCGUAGUAAAUGUCAUGUUUAAAAAGGUAUGCAAGCCAUUGGAAUUGUAUGUAGUGGAUCAAGGCAAAGAACCGUUAUUAGGGAGGAUGUGGCUACGCGAGUUAGGGUUCAAAUUGGAUGAGUUGGCAUGUCAUGACGUCGAGGUCACUGCACGAUUUGAUUUGAAUGAACUUAAUUCCAGAUACCGUGAAGUAUUUGAGGAGGGGCUCGGGCGGUACACGGGUGGCGAGGUGAGUCUGCGGGUGCGUGAGGGCGCGAGGCCCGUGUUCCUGCGCGCGCGACCGCUGGCGUACGCGCUGCGCGAGCCCGUGGAGCGCGCGCUCGAUCAGCUGGAGCGCGACGGCGUCAUCACGCCGGUGGACUCGUCGGACUGGGCCACGCCGAUCGUACCCGUCGUCAAGACGGACGGAACCAUUAGGGUAUGUGGAGAUUUUAAGUCUACGCUUAAUAAAUGCCUAGAGGUAGAUCGUUUUCCAUUACCUAGAGUAGAGGAUUUGUUAACCAAGCUAAACGGAGGGGAAAAGUUCACCAAAAUCGACUUGUCCCAGGCAUAUGCCCAGUUUGUCCUGGAUGAACACUCUAGAGCUUAUACCGUUAUCAACACGCACCGAGGGUUGUAUAGAUAUAAUAGGUUAAUUUAUGGGUUGUCCUCGAGUCCUGGCAUUUUCCAGUGAAGACUGGAACAGAUGUUUGCCGAUCUUCCCAGAGUAGGGGUGUUCUUAGAUGACGUUAUCUUAACGGGGACGAACGAUCAAGAGCACAUAGAAACAUUGCAUAAAGUGCUAGAUAGGUUGCGAAAGUUUGGCUUAAAAAUUAAAAAAGAAAAAUGCAAAUUUUUCGCCUCGUCGGUCACUUAUUUAGGGUAUGUAGUGGAUAAAGAGGGCAUCCAUACAAAUCCGGACAAAAUAAAAGCUAUCGAGCAAGUACCUACGCCUACUGGUGUAACAGAGUUGCGAGCGUUUUUAGGUAUGGUCAUGUAUUAUGCCAAAUUCGUUAAAAAUAUAAGUUCCAGGUUGGCACCUCUUUAUGCUUUACUAAGGAAGGGAGUAAAAUUUGAGUG